AGGAGUUAAAAUAUCCUCAAAUUGAGGCAACAAUGGCGGAGCUCAUUCCCAAAAUAAAAGAUAGUUAUCGACUUUACGGACUUGCUUUUACCUUACUUUUUGUGUUUCUCCCUUUUAUUCAGGGCAAGAUCACUGCCUUUCUACAUUAGUAUUUUGUACAUAUUCCCCAACAACAAUAUUGCUCUAAAAGAAAACACACGCGCACAAAUGCCCUCUGAAUCCCACUCCUCCUCCAACGCACACACACUCGCAACACCCUGGCUCCGCGCAGUCCGUAUCGCCACAGAUUGGCACCUCUCUACCCGCCCCAACGAACGAGUAGACGAAAGUGAAGCGGAUCUACAAGCUCUCUUGUACAAUCUGUCAACCAUAUCUGGAGCGUUAUUGCACACUGGAAACACCCGACCAUACACAGAUGACGAACGAGUCGAGUCAACAUUCGAUGACGAUGUUGAUCAUGUCGAUCAAGAGUAUUCGCUUUAUCGGCGUCGAUAUGCGGAUACACAUACCGUGGAUAUCAUCAUGGACCCAGGCGACGAUGCAACUAUUCAGUCGGAACGGGGAUAUAAAUAUCAGAUUGUCAAACCUUUACGACGACGGGCACACAUUCGUCGCCAAGCACAUCACCCAUGCAGUAAUAGCAGUCCACCAUCCCAUGCGCCUACGUAUGCUCAGUUUGGAGCUCCCCAAGAGUCAAGUGCCGUUCCUACAUUUGUAUACUCCACACUACCUCUAGCAGGAAAACUACGAAAGAAAACAUCCAUUCAUCGGACGGGCAGUGCGCAAUUGUUGCAUCGACCACGACGGUACCCACCAGUCUUACCACCUCCUAGAGUAGACUCGCUGCAUGGCAUGGACCCACUCUAAAGAUGUCUACGCCAACUCUCUCUGUACAUAGUAGAACGUAAAUUAGAAGGACAUGAGACGUGUGAGAUGCACUGUGGCAAAUCCUUGUCCAUUCCGCCCUCAUUUCAUACAUGUAUCUGCCCACAUUCUCAAGACAAAAUCAAUCAAUCAAAAAUCAAAGCACACGAAAUAAAUCAAUUUCUCAGAGGA